AUGAGUGCAGCACCAAAUCCAAAUCAAGGCGGAGCUGCAGCUGGAGGAUCUGGCGGAGCGGGAGGAGCUGGAGGAGGUGGUGGCGGUGGUGGCGCUGGCGGAUAUGGCUGGAGAGAGCCAGGUGCUCCAGCCAGGCUGUAUCUCCAACCGGAUCAAAACUACUUCCCAGGCGCCCGGAUCAACUUCAGCUACACCGAAGACCCAGGGACUACGCCUUCCAUUUCGAUAAACUUCACAGCAACAAUGCCGCCCUACCACGGCGCCGCUCCACUGAGUGGCAGACUGCAAUCCACGGCCGCUCUUAUCAGGUCAUACUUCUUGAGGCCUUUCGAAAAUCCCACUUAUCCACAUGUUCGCCUGCUGGAGUCGGCUUCCGGAUACGGUUACCAAGAGUAUCCACCCAGGCCGAUUCCACUUCUGACAGAGGGAGGAGUGGUAUUUUCGCGGCAUGCUGUGAUCUGCCCAAGACACGAGCUCUGGGACUACUGGAUGGAUGAUCGACUCUUCAAUCAGGCCCAAUGGAGAAGUAUUGCUUCCCACAAUCAAACUUUGGCGACUGCGAACCCCUUCGUUCUCAAAUUUCCAGCUCGCCUCGGUACGAGCCCCAUGGUCCGUGUGGCAGCCAAUUCACAAGCUCCCACAACGACUGGAGCGGCUCCCAUCGCGCCUAUGAUCCCAUCGACGACAGGCGCUGAUGGUGGAAAGUCGACUCAGUCGGAUGAGGAUAAGGACAAGGAGAACACGCCAAAGACUGAGGAGGAGCAGGAGGAGGCUGGACAUGGUGGCACCGACAAGGAACCGAACAUCAAGAAAGAACUCAAGGAGGACAGCGAUGAAUAG